GAGCGGCUACUCAAAAGUAUUUCACGUACAAGUAGAAACAAAUGUCGUUUUCAUAUGUCCGUGGUUCUAAACAGCUUUUUGCGACGCGUUGCUUUCACUUUUAAAUUGUAGUUACUUGGAAGUAUUUGUCAUAUUCAUUGUACUAAGCAGCUUUGUGUACUAGCAUUAGUUCAUGCUGAAGUUCGCUUACAGCAGCAGCAACUGAUCAGUAAUAUGUGAAGCUGUUGGGUAUAUCGAAAGUUUUCCGUCUGAGCCAAUGAACUCAAAUGAGUUUUGUCCUGCGGAGGACUACAUCGGGGCACAGCACAAUGAAAGGUGGGCGCUGCAAAACAAGAAACAUUAAACCAAAAAAGACGCAGAGAAAGGAUGUCGUUACAGACACAGUUUCAUCCCCACGUGCAAAGAAAUCAAAUGUUAGGCAAAGCGAUGAUCAGGCCUCUCUCGAUCUGUCCACUUACAUCCCAACGACACCAAGCAAGAGGCAGAGAGGACAGCAGCGUGACGUCAACCUGACUUCCACUCCAGUCCGCUCUUCCUCCAGUGUUAUUUCUCACCCAUCUCCCCAAAUAGAUAAAGUGCAACUACGAUGCAUUAAAGUCAGCUCUAAAGCAAAGGUGAAUUGAAAGACAUCAGAGGGAGGUUCACAGUCCAUUUCCACAUCUCAAAAUGGAAGAAAAAGGAGACGUUCUAUGUCGAGAAAAGUGAAACAAAAAUCAGCCAUGUGUCAGCCAACUGGAGUCAGUGGUUCUACAGCGAAGCAAACUCGUGGGAGGCUGCGGAAGUCUGAGAAUGGAAAUUUAAAAGGGAACACCCUUUCUAAGCCUUGUAAAUUCCCAAGACCAAGAUUUGAACUGCAGAUGCCUGACACAUCAGAUCAUGAUGGGUCAUUGUUGUCUUCAGAUCUGUCAAUAGAGCUGAGUCACUACAAGGAGCUGCUGCCCUCGUCCUUCCAGGAAGAUGAGACCAGUGAUGAUCAGGAAGAAGAACUCCCAAGUUUCUUAAUGCAAAUGGAUGAAAGGCCCACAGCCAUUACAGAUAGAGCAUUUGUGUGGUGCAAAUUUAGAAAUUAUCCAUUCUGGCCAGCAUGGGUAAAAAGUGUGAAUCGUAAACAGAAAAAAGCAAGCAUCAUUUUUGUUGAUGAUACUUUUGCAGACAAUCCCAGCAAAAAAGGUUUCACAGUGGCUCUGAGAUCACUGAAACCUUUUGACUGUGAAGAAUCAGAAGAGCUGAUGCAUAAAGCCAAAGAAACCUAUGAAGCUGCUGUUUCGUGGUCCUUGGAGCUCAUAGACGACUACAGAAUCCGGAUUGCAUGCGGCUCUUUUUCUGGGUCCUUCAUUGAGUAUUUUAAUCAUGCCAUGAGUUACCCUGUGAGGAGAAAGUAUCCACAGGCAGCAUCAGAGAGACUGACUAUUGCCAGUGAUUUGAUGACUGCGGAGUCAUGUGAUGACCUCAAGGAGGACAGCAUUAAUGAAAACGAGGAAGUCUGUACAAGUACAAAGAGGCUGCUACCAGAUCGGACCCAUGCAGCCCAUAACCGAGCAAAUGAAAAGCUCGUACACUUCAUUGUGAAGCAGCGCAUGGUGGAACCACGACUUCUGGCUGUGAUCCAUGGACAGCAGCAGUCCAGAUGGCUCCGCUCUUUUCUUAGUGCAAAGCGGAGACGGGUCGUGAAUACUUACCUUGAAGAUGACCAGCAGUUGGAUCAAGUCUACCAUUACCUAAACGAGCUCUACACCACAGCCAUGUCUAAAUCAUCUUGCCUACUUGAGAUGAAGUCAUUGGACCAAGUGCCUUUUGUUCUCGAUGUUCUUCUACCCGAGGCCAUCAUCUAUGCUAUUGCUGGUGUUGACAAUGUUUCAGUGAAAAAGGCAGAAGAAAAGUACCUUAAAGGACGACGUGUCAGUAACAGGGAAAAGCAAGAGUUUGACUUGAUGAUCGAACAUCAGAUGAGGAGAAAAGAGCAUCAGAGUUCAGCUGUUGACAUGUUGUCAGACACCAUCAGUUAAAAUACUGAUAUAACUCAUAAAUUUUUAGAAUUUUUUUUUUAUGAAGGUAUUUUUUUUUUAUUAAGACUGCCAUACCUGUGUACUUUGCAAAAAAUGAGAAAACAAAUCUCGGUGAAUCAUGUUGAAAAUUGAAGCCAUUUGACUGGAACUGGAAAUCUUUACUAGUCAUUAAGAUGACAUCAGUGAAAUAAGCGGUUCAAACUGGUUUUAGUGUUUGUCAAAUAUGUCACAUCAUUGAAAACAAUUAUGUUUUGCUGCUGCUGCCUACAUGAUUGCCUUUCUGCUAACACAUUUUUUCCGCUGCAAAGAAUGUCACACGAGAGGUGAUGAUGCCGAGCAGAAAAUAAAACGACUUGCAAAAGACAA